AUGGCGGAUAACUCAUUUGCAGGAUAUUACAUUGGGAUUACAUGGAAUACGAAGCAGCAGCAGCAACAGCAGCAACAGCAGCAGCAGCAACAACAACAGCAGCAACAGCAGCAGCAGCAGCAACAGCAGCAGCAACAGCAGCAAGGUUCCUCCUCGUCUGGUAGUCCACAGCAGGCCUGUGGUCCUCCCGUCGAAGGAGAAAACGGUCCUCCGCCCUCGUUGGCCUCCCCUGUGCCCUCCCCUUAUCCCUCGGCACCUCCCGAGCCUCAAGCCUUAACCCCGGCCGAGGACGAUAUACAAUCGAAUCAGACCACCUCUCAGCAACAACAACAACAACAGCAGCAACAACAACAACAGCAGCAGCAACAACAGACGCAACAACAACAGCAACAGGUUCAACAACAACAAGUUCAACAACAACAGCAGCAGCAACAACAACAACAGCAGCAACAGUCGCAACAGGACCAUUCACCGCAGCAGCAAUUAACGCCACACGAGGUGGAUCGAAGCGAUUGCUUUCCAGGUGCGGGGGAACUUCAACAAUAUCCACAACAUUAUUUCAAAGAGGCAAGGCCUCAUCCGUCACCGUCCGUACCGCCACACAUGCUUACGCCCGGCGGCUUCUCGGCGUUACAUUAUUUGAAGCAGCCUGGGGUAAUGCUUACGUCUCUUGGUCAAGGAGAUGGCGGACCCGGUGGCCUAGAAGCUCAUCAGUACGCGAGUCCAGGAGCGCCAAACAUGGCGACAGGUCUACCCGAUAUUGUACAACAAAGUGGGAAAUCGUCGAAAGGCGCUAACAGCGAUCUACGCCUCUUCAAAUGUCUCACCUGCGGCAAGGACUUUAAGCAAAAGUCUACUCUGCUACAGCACGAGCGGAUUCAUACGGAUAGUCGGCCGUACGGAUGUCCAGAAUGCGGGAAGCGGUUCAGGCAGCAAUCGCAUCUGACGCAGCACCUGCGCAUACACGCGAACGAGAAGCCCUAUGCUUGCGUAUACUGCGAGCGUACGUUCCGUCAGCGUGCCAUCCUCAACCAGCAUCUGCGCAUCCACUCGGGUGAGAAGCCAUACCAAUGUCCGGAGUGCGGAAAACACUUCCGUCAGAAGGCGAUCCUGAAUCAGCACGUCCGCACACACCAAGACGUGAGCCCGCAUCUUAUCUUCAAGAACGGGAUGACACCGACCCUUUGGCCGCAAGAUGUACCAUUUCCACCGGAGGAAGGCAAGGAGGAGGUAGCGUCGACCUUCGGCGACACGGACACGCAAUCGGGUGCGUUUAGUCCCGCGCCUGACGCGAAUUCCAUCCAGUAUCCGGCAUACUUCAAAGACCCAAAAGGCGGAAAUCAUGCAGUGUUCGGUGCCGGUGGUUCGAGCAGUUUUGGCGCAUUACAAUAUAUAAAACAACAAGGUGGUAGUAAAGGCUGCCUACCGGACGUGAUACAACACGGUCGUUCCGCGGGAAUGCCACUUUACGUUCGUUGUCCGAUUUGUCAAAAGGAGUUUAAACAAAAAUCGACUCUCUUACAACACGGUUGCAUACACAUAGAGUCGAGACCUUAUCCCUGUCCGGAAUGUGGCAAGAGGUUCAGACAACAGUCCCACCUCACUCAACACUUGCGCAUACAUACGAACGAAAAGCCAUACGGUUGCGUUUAUUGCGGUCGUAAUUUUCGACAACGUACAAUCUUGAAUCAACAUUUGCGCAUUCAUACGGGCGAAAAACCAUACAAGUGUCAACAGUGCGGCAAGGAUUUUCGUCAGAAGGCGAUAUUGGACCAGCACACACGUACCCACCAAGGUGACCGGCCAUUUUGCUGUCCAAUGCCAAAUUGUAGGCGACGAUUCGCUACGGAGCCGGAGGUUAAGAAGCACAUCGACAACCAUAUGAAUCCACAUGCGGCGAAGGUGCGUAGGAACUCGAGCAGCGACGCGAAACCACCCGGUACGCCUACCGGUUUAGGACCCGUGCCGGUACCGCGCGGCCUCACACCAACUGUCGUCAAACCCGAGCUAUACUUUCCACAGUGUUACGCGCCCGCGUUCAAUCAUCAGCCGCCGGUAUCGACUGCACAGUUCCCCGGUCAGACGAACGGGGUAUCCGUGGCUGGCGAGUUCAAACCACCUAGUGGGCUGCCGCCACAGUGACUAACCGUCCAUCCUGCCGCCUACUAGCAAGCAGGAAUACCGCUGUCCUUUCAGCGAUCCUUUGCUCAUCGCUUCGAGGCUGAGCAGCCAUCCGCCUCCGCCGCCACCACCGUCGCCGCCGUCGUCGCCACCGCCUCCACCACCAUUGCCACCACCUCCAACAACGUCAUCACUACCUCCGUCGACAGAUGCGGACAACAGCAACAACAACAGCAACAACAACAGCAACUGAUUCAGUAACUCAUUUCCUAUUAUCCGUACGAUCUAACAGGAUCUAAGGAAGAACAUCUAAAAGCAAAAUCUAGAAAAGGAAAUCCUUGAUCUAAUUACGAUCCUCUUCCUCGACUAUCUUAAUCAUCUACCUAUCUACCUACCUACCUACCUACCUACCUACCUACCUACCUACCUAUCUACCUACUACUAGUUCCACCUAUUCACUUAUCGCCUUUCCUUUCGUAACCGAUCCAAAAUCGGUUUUUAGUAGAAGAAGGAUGACCAACAAUUGAAUAUACUCUCGUCUCUUCCUCCGUACGUAUUUUUUUUAUAUCGUCCGAUUUACAAACAAAGCAGUCUCGUCUUGCUUUCCUUUCAGUAAUAACUCUUAAACUAUUCGACUCAUUUGAUCAUGAGAGUCGUCUACUCGUGAUAAAAAACAAAAUGGCUUGAGAACAUCAUGUUCAAUUAUCGAUUAUGAUAUCGAUAUUUCUACUUGCCUAUGUUUCGAACAACUAUAUAUAUCUAUAUAUAUAUAAAGAGAGAGAGAGAGAGAAUAAAUUUGGUUUGCAUUGUUGCAAUAAAAAAUAAAAAAGGAUACACACACGAUCAUACGAGACCAAUAAUACGUACGUACGUCUCCUGUAUAUAUCUCUUUGUAUGUAAAAGCCGUUUUGCUUGAAAGGAAGAGAGGAGAGGAAAGGAAAAGAGAAAGAAAGAGAGAAAGAGAGAGAGAGAGAGAAAAGUAGGGAGAGAGUAAAAUCGUGCAACCAGAAAAUAUAUAUAUAUAUAUAUAUAUAUAUAUAUAUAUAUAUACAUAUAUAUUAAAAUAGCGCGAGAAUGGUGGAGUGAAUGCGUGAAUGUUAUACUGUACAAAAGGAUACGUGAAUCAGUCAGAGGGGAGGACCUGUUAGGAGCAAGAAAAAAGAAAGAGAUAAAGAAAAAUUAUACACAUACACACAAAAAAAAUAGUGCAAAAAAAAAAGUGCAUAAGAGGACAAGAGGACAAGAAGAAGGGGGAUUGGAUGACGAACGGAAGCGAAGAAGGGAGUAGGUAGGAUUUAAGAGGACUACGUAUUCCAAACCAACCCCACACCCCAUCCUUAACCCAUCACCCUACCUACCAUUCUACCAAUACAUACGAUUAUCCUACAAUCACGUACAUAUUACACACAAAUUUACAUACAUUCAUACACAACUCAUGUAUAGAAGCGUGCGGAGCCAUAAGCUUUUUCGGUAUGACCGAUUUAAACGAUGACGAUUUUUUGGUCUCGAGGGAUAGAGGUAAAAAACCCAACAACUCUUGUAUACUAUAUAUUAUAAUAGUAAUAUUUGAAUGUAUAUUUAUACGACAGGUUCUUAUUAUUCUAACUAAUAAUUGACACGAUAUUUUGAAUCAGUUUUAAAAAUCAGAAUUGGUGCUGAUAAUGAAAAAAAAAAAAAUGAAAAAAAAAAAAUAA